AGGAGCGGCGCAGUCGCACGAGCAGCUCUCCGUCCUCCUCACGCGCCUCCCCAAAAAAGACACACACACACACACACACACGCACGCUAGACAGACACGCGCGCACACAGGCACCUCGCGCUCCGUCUUCCAUGGCCUCGUCGUCCGCCAGCGGCGCGGAGGAGGCGCGCGCCCCCGCGCUGACGCCGCUGAAGCUCGUGGGUCUGGCCUGCGCGUUCCUCGCGCUGUGCCUGGACGUGGGCGCCGUCCUGAGCCCCGCGUGGGUCACCGCGGACGGUCAGUACGCGCUGUCUCUGUGGAUGUCCUGCUGGAGACCCAACGAGAACAGCAACUGGCAGUGUAGCAGCACGCUCGAGACGGAUUGGCAGAUUGCCACGUUGGCGCUGUUGCAUGGCGGAGCAUUCCUCAUCCUCAUCUCCUUCAUGGUGGCUCUGAUCUCCGUCUGCACUGGCACCAGGAGACGCUUCUACAAACCUGUAUCUGUCAUGCUGUUUGCCGCAGUGGUUCUGCAGGCUUGCAGUUUGGUUCUCUACCCCAUCAAGUUCAUCGAGACCAUCAGUUUGAGAAUAUACCACGAGUUCAACUGGGGCUACGGCCUGGCCUGGGGGGCCACCAUCUUCUCCUUCGGGGGAGCCAUCCUCUACUGCCUGAACCCCAAGAACUAUGAAGACUACUACUAAACCCGCUCGACAACUACAUUACCCACGAUGCACUCCACUACACUACACUGUUUCCGACAGCAGCAUAAGUUAACGCACUGAACUUCUUCAUCCACCUUACAGGGCCGAUCAUAUCCUUAUAAAGAAAGCAGAGCAAGGCCAGGCCUGUCAGACUAGGACUGAAAAAUCUGUUUAUCUGGCCGCUUUUGAGCAUCUUUCAGUCUCUGUUUCUCGCACCGACAAGCGUCUGCAUCCAUUCUGGGCCCCACUUAAACUCUCUCACCGCUCCCUCAUUCAUCAGAGUGUCACUCGCCCCCUUUUUCCGUCCGCCUGUCUCGUCUGUUCUCACCUUCUCCUCACAUUUCUGACACCACCGCGAUCCAUUUCUGAUCUUCGUGCACUCUUUUUAGCCGUCAGGCUCCAGAACUUUCCGGAUUUUCUGGAGCUAGCCUGUGAUGUGUCGUCCCUGUGGAGCGCUCCAUCUGGAGUGAGAUUUGUAGCCAAGCAGGUGACAGGGGUUGUCUGACCAGCCACACAGACACGGAUCAAAGCAAGUAUGGCAAUAAUUAGAAUAUCAGUCAGUCUCAGUAAUGAGAAACCACAGAUAUACCCAAACAGUGAGAGGGCUUCUCACAGAGCUGCACGAUACAGACACAGUGAGGGCUGCAAUAAUAUUAAAUUUCGACUGUGCAAGGAAUAAUUUGUGAUAUUCAAGAAUCUGUAAAAGCCAACGAGCGGAUAUUAUUGAAUAUGCCCGAAUAUCCGUAAAAGCCAGUGAGUGGAUGUUAUUGAAUAUGCCCGAAUAUCCGUAAAAGCCAGUGAGCGGAUAUUAUUGAAUAUGCCUGAAUAUCCGUAAAAGCCAGUGAGCGGAUAUUAUUGAAUAUGCCCGAAUAUCCGUAAAAGCCAGUGAGCGGAUAUUAUUGAAUAUGCCCGAAUAUCCGUAAAAGCCAGUGAGCGGAUAUUAUUGAAUAUGCCCGAAUAUCCGUAAAAGCCAGUGAGCGGAUAUUAUUGAAUAUGCCCGAAUAUCCGUAAAAGCCAGUGAGCGGAUAUUAUUGAAUAUGCCCGAAUAUCCGUAAAAAUAUUUUUUGGUUUUAGUUCAUGCCAGCCAGAGUGGUUAGCCUCCCAGAUAGCAGGCAUAUUGCUGCUGUUGGAACAAAUCUUCGUACCUCCAUUUUUGUCAUUUUUCCGUUUUUGACAUAAUUUGGAAGUGCCUGUUGUCCUUUCCAUUGUUUGUAAAUAUUAUGAUGAACGGACCAAAGGAAAUGGUCCAGAAUGACAUGGGAAAGCGUCUGGUUCCAUUGACAUACAUAAAAAAUAACCUCUGUGUUUGCUUUCUGCUGUAAAAUUACCAUUUUGGAGAUACGAGGUUUUGAUCCGACAGCAGCGAUAUAUCGGCCCGCUGCCUUGAUAAGGUUGCUGACUGCAUGCCGCUGCUGGUCCACCCUCAGACCACCCAGAUGAUGUCCUAUAUAGAUCUCCUCAGAUUUUAAAUGCACAGAGCCUUUUAUUGUGGAAAAUAAUCUUGAGACAAAUGUUAUUAAAACGAUCUUGUUGAAAAAGUUGCUGACAAA